AUGGUUCCAAAUACAACAUUAUACGCUGCGAAGACGACUAUGAGUACACAUGUGAAUGGUACAUUGGGCUUGAAUACAUCAUUUCUUGUUCCAACAUACAUCAGCCAGGAAGAAUUCUUCGCUCUGCAGAUGAACACAUCUGAAACAAAUUCGACGAACGAUACAAUAAUAAAUCAAGUUAUAUUAAAAACGUGGUAUCCAAGUGGUUACUCACCAGCUCAUAUAAUAAUAGCAUCAGUGGUUGUGACAGUGUUAAUGAUAAUGGUGGUAGUGGGGAAUAUGUUAGUGAUAAUCGCAAUAGUGACAGAGAAAGCAUUAAAGAACAUACAGAACUGGUUUAUCGCAUCGUUAGCGGUAUCAGACUUCUUCCUAGGGCUAGUGAUAAUGCCGUUCUCUUUAGCCAAUGAGCUGAUGGGUUACUGGAUUUUUGGUUUCUGGUGGUGUGAGAUACAUUCCGCGAUGGAUGUGCUUUUGUGUACAGCAUCGAUAAUGAACUUGUGCCUCAUAUCUUUGGACCGCUAUUGGAGUAUAACUCAGGCGGUGGACUACCUUAAGAAACGCACUCCAGCCCGAGCUGCACUUAUGAUAGCGGCGGUGUGGCUGAUGAGUGCGCUGGUCUGCAUCCCGCCGCUGCUUGGAUGGAGAGUCACCAGGCCACCUGAACAGUUCCCACAGUGCAAGGGAGGCCCUGGAUUGGGUCCCACAAGGAACAAGAAAGCAUGA